UGAUGUUAACAUUGUAUACAACUUCAAAAAACUAAUUUGUUUUAUUGCAUUGCCGUUGAAUUAAGUUUGAAUAAUGAACGACCUGGUUGAAAAAAGCUAUAAUUUAUAUUUUACGUAAUACGUAAAAUAGAUACGAUGUUAAGCUACUGAAAUCUUACAGAAUAUGUAUGAAGGUUUGCUAUAUAUGUCCCUGCAUGUUAUAUCGAAUUUUAAAUUCCUUAUCAGCUAUGAAAACAAUUUUCAAUGAAAAUGGCUCGAAUUUUUCUGCUUUUGGUGUUAAUUAUUAAUUAAUUUGUAAUUAAAACUUGUCCUCCGCUGAGCAGAACGAAACAUAUUCUUUGAAUAUUCUGUAACGUUGCUAUUAUUGUGAUGAGCCAUGAUUGUUAACAGCGCUACCCUGUUACAUGCAUAAAAAUGUAAAGUGGAUAUAAACUGAAAUAAUGUUCGUGUUUUGCCUACAAACUGUUCUCCGGAUCCGUUGUCAAAUCCUUCUUCUGUCCUUGACCACGUGGGGUGUAAUCGCUGAAAACCAUCAGUUGUUUUUAUCAAAGAACAAAUACAUUGAAAACAAAGUUCUAACGGCGGGAACAGUUGGAUACAUUGCCGAGAUGUCUUCAGUUGGAAUCGUUCAAUGCUCAAUGAAAUGUGCGGCCUAUAAGUCGGGGUGUGGUGGGUUGUUUUAUCACCCGCAGUCAGAGUCUUGUAAACUCUUGACGAGUCCCCUUACAGAGGCGCUUGCUUACGAUGUUAGGCUUGGCUGGUCGUUUUGGUCGCAAAAUCCAUGUGAAAUAGGAUGGUUUUACUUCAAAGACCACUGCUAUUUUCGUGACCAGACAUCUCUGAACUGGGCUUCCGCGAAGCUUGUCUGCGAACAGCAGUCGUCGUAUUUGGCGGAAGUCGAUUCGUUGGAGGAAAACAAUUGGAUUACAGAGAACAUGACGCCAUUUGACUGUCUGACUGACUGGAUGGACUGUGUUGUGUGGCUCGGUGGGUCAGACAUCCUGACGGAGGGAUCUUUUGUGUGGAGCACCAAUAACAGGGCCCUGACCUUCACCCACUGGGGACCGUACGACCCUAACGCCUACACAGCUGACGACGACUGUGUGGCCCUGAUGUACCCCGGGGGACAGUGGGCCGACUUUGGAUGCUUCAUGGAACGUCAUUUUGUUUGCGAGAAAGACGCGUAAAAUCAUAGAACUGACAUCAUAAAUGUAUAUGAGGGGGGAGCAUAAAGAGCAAAGAGAGUCGUCAUUUUUCUUUCUUUUUUUUAAUUUCAAAGCAUUUUGGAAUAGUUACAGUUUAUAAUAUUGUGUGAACUUUUGAAAAUGUGGUUCUGUAUUAUAAAUAUUGCUAUACAGAAAUAGUUAGAACACGUGUAUCUACCGACGCAGGUCAAAAUGCUAGUUUUUGGAAAAUGUCAAACCAAAGUGGAAACUCGAGAUGGUUUUUUUAAUCAUGUACACAUUACCAGAAAGAGUUUGAACUGACACAGUUAACAUGUAUAACAAAUACGUAUUUGGUUGACCUAUAUAUAUAGUAGUUUACAUAUUUAUCAGCAAAAUCACAGGAACAAAAAGAUUACGAUGUUUUUGUUUUUAAGACAUACUGCUUUGAUAUAU